AAGGGUGCAUAUAAGGGCCAAGGAGGCAGCCUGCAAAUGCGCUCUUCACCUCUCCGAUUCGCCUGGACACGCUCAACCUUUGCAGGAGCAUCAUGUCUUGCUCAUCUCGGAUCUCCUCCUCCCGGGCUGGAGGCAGCAGCUCAGUCAGGGUGUCUGCUGGUGGCAGCAGCAGCAGCAGAUGUGGUCUGGGGGGCAGCUCUGCCCGGGGCUUCCGAGGAGGAGCCGGCAGCUGUGGCCUGAGUGGGGGACUGAGCGGUGGCUUUGGAGGGGGUUUUGGUAGCUGCUCAGUCGGGGGUGGUUUUGGAGGAGCUUCAGGCUCUGGACUUGGCUUUGGUGGAGGUUCUGGAUUCGGCGGGGGGUCUGGAUUCGGCGGGGGGUCUGGAUUCGGCGGGGGGUCUGGAUUCGGUGGUGGUGCUAGUGGAGGCUUCUACAACUAUGGUGGUGGUUUGGGUGGUGGUACUGGUGAUGGCGGGCUUUUCUCUGGAGGUGAAAAGCAAACCAUGCAGAACCUCAAUGACCGCCUGGCCAAUUACCUAGACAAGGUCAGAGCCCUGGAGGAGGCCAACGCUGAUCUGGAGAACAAAAUCAAGGAGUGGUAUGACAAGUAUGGGCCCGGGUCUGGAGAUGGUAGAUCCGGAAGAGAUUACAGCAAGUACUACCCAAUCAUUGAAGAUCUCAGGAAUCAGAUCAUCACGGCCUCUGUUGAAAACGCCGGGAUGGUGCUGCAGGUUGACAAUGCCAGACUGGCUGCGGAUGACUUCAGGCUGAAGUAUGAGAACGAGCUGUACCUCCGGCAGGCCGUGGAGGCCGACAUCAACGGCCUUCGGAAGGUCCUGGACGAGCUGACCAUGACUCGCUCCGACCUGGAGAUGCAGAUUGAGAGCCUCACCGAGGAGCUGGCCUACCUGAAGAAGAACCACGAGGAGGAAAUGAAGAAUAUGCAGGGAAGCUCCGGAGGGGGUGUGACGGUAGAAAUGAAUGCUGCCCCAGGCACCGACCUGACCAAGUUACUGAAUGACAUGAGGGCGCAGUAUGAGGAGCUGGCUGAGCAAAACCGCCGGGAGGCCGAGGAGCAGUUCAACAAGCAGAGUGCGUCCCUGCAAGCACAGAUCUCCACCGAUGCCGGGGCAGCCAGUUCCGCCAAGAAUGAGAUCACAGAGCUGAAACGGACCCUGCAGGCCCUGGAAAUUGAGCUUCAGUCCCAACUGGCCAUGAAAAACUCCCUGGAAGGGACCCUGGCCGACACGGAGGCUAACUACAUGGCUCAGCUGUCGGAAAUUCAAAUGCGGAUCAGCAGCCUGGAGGAGCAGAUCUGUCAGAUCCGGGGCGAGACGGAAUGCCAGAACGCCGAGUAUGAGCAACUGCUGGACAUCAAGACCCGCCUGGAGAUGGAGAUCGAGACCUACCGCCGCCUGCUCGAUGGAGAGGGAGGUGGUUCCAGUUUUGGAGGAUCUGACUUUAGAAACUCAGGAUCCAGAAACAUUGGGUCCAGGGAUUCCACAUCUGGUGACUCAAAGUCUGGAAGCCAUUCUAACCAGGGAAGAGAUCCAAGCAAGACUAGAGUGACUAAGACCAUCAUAGAGGAGGUGGUGGAUGGCAAGGUCGUCUCAUCUCACGUCAGCAAUAUUUCUGAGGUGAAAGUCAAAUGAGAAAUUUCCAGAUCUUUAAGAGUGUCUUUCAGAGAAAAAAAUCUAAAGGACACACAGGAAGACAUCGCAUCAACCUGCCCACCUUUCUGGAUAACUUCAGGGAAAAGUUUCUAUACAGAAAUAGACGACUAACCAAUUUU